CUCGCGCGUGUUUCCAUGUUAUGUACACCUUGUCUUCAUUCCUACCGGUGAUCGUGUGCGCGUCUUCUUCUCUUGUGAGAGAGAGUGACGGAUUGAGUGGAUCUCGUCUUGCCAGAAGAGGGCAUUCCGUCUCUUUGUGGAGGAAGAGAGGAGAGUCAGUGGCGCUUCAAUUGUACAGCCAUCCAGUUCAGAGAGAAACGACGGGAAAGCGCGGAAGGGAGAGAGAGAGAGAGUGAGAGAGACACGCAGAGCAGACCCAAGGGCCCACUAAUUCAGUACUCCUCAUGCUGUAAGGCUGCGACUUGAGCUGUCUCUUGUACUGGAAUGAAGAGGGAGGUGACAUUACAUCGCGUUUUCAUGGUGCUGUUUAAUUUCAGUAUUUUUGGACUUGGACUAUUCUUGCAACUUCAUUCUGCCAGGAAGCUUCUUAAAUACAAGUUAGCGGCACUGUGGAUGUAUUAUAAAGAAUGAGGUUAAAAUAUAAGUAGAGCUGCGCUCAAGUAAACUUCAUCCCCUUUGGAUUUUGCAUCUCCCCGGGGGACUCCAGGUUGACAGUUGUUUCGGCUUUUGUUAUCCAUUCAAUUCAUUUUACGUUUUUUUCUGGUUCUUUUUACUUUGCAAUCCUCAGCCGCGAAUCGUGGGAAACAACGGAGUCUCUUCUUUGUGGGCUGAGAGAUGCUGCAUGGCUGGAAGGGGCUUGCGGGUUUAAGGUAUAGAUACGAUCCUUUGUUUUACUACCCCGUUUCGGGGAGAAGACGGAGGACAAGAGUCUCCGAGUGGCUUAGGCGUGUAGGUGCGGGACCCACACGGCAACGGGUGGGCAGGUGCACCUUGUUUUCACGCCACCAAGUGGCUCAGACCGGUUGGUGCGGGACCCACGCAGUAGCUUUGGUCAUGUGGGCACAGGACGUGGGCGCAGUAAGAAGGGCUUAGACGCGGACAACAGACCACCAGUAAUGGGGUUUCUGGCUGGGGACAGGUGGCUGCUUCUCCUGAUAUUUCAGAUAUGGCUUCUACUAUCAUUGUGCCAAGCUGAGCGGCCUUGCCCAAGAAGUUGCCGCUGUGAUGGAAAAAUUGUCUAUUGUGAAUCCAAUGCUUUUCGUGACAUACCACAGAAUGUGUCCAUGGGCUGCCAGGGACUGUCCUUACGGUACAACAGCCUACAGAAGCUAAGGCCUUACCAGUUUUCUGGGUUAAGCCAGCUCAUUUGGCUCUACUUGGACCAUAAUUAUAUCACCGUGGUGGAUGGGGAUGCCUUUCAAGGCAUUAGAAGACUGAAAGAAUUGAUUCUCAGCUCCAACAAGAUCUUGCAACUUAAUAACCGUACCUUCCAUUCUAUUCCCAACCUGCGCAAUUUGGAUCUUUCCUACAAUAAACUGCAGGCUCUUCAACCAGAGCAAUUUCGUGGGCUGCGCAAACUGCUGAGCCUGCAUCUGAGGUCCAAUUCUCUCAAGAAUGUACCACUUCGAGUUUUUCAGGAGUGUCGAAACCUGGAAUUCCUAGACCUUGGCUACAACCGGCUACGUAGUUUAACCCGUAAUGCAUUUGCAGGUCUUUUGAAGCUAACUGAGCUGCACUUGGAGCACAAUCAGUUCUCCAAGAUUAACUUUGCUCAUUUCCCACGUCUGUUUAAUUUGCGGGCCCUCUACCUCCAAUGGAACCGAAUUCGUUCCAUAAGCCAAGGCAUCUCUUGGACUUGGAGUUCUCUGCAGAAGCUUGAUCUGUCAGGAAAUGAUAUUCAAGCAAUCGAGGCCAACAUUUUUCAGUGCUUACCCAACCUACAGACACUUAACUUGGACUCUAACAAGCUUAGUAAUAUCUCGCAGGAAGCAGUUAAUGCCUGGAUAUCCUUGACCACCAUUAGUCUCUCUGGCAACGUCUGGGACUGUAGCCAUAGCAUUUGCCCUCUUGUAGCUUGGCUAAGGAACUUUAAGGGCAAUAAAGAAUCUGCUAUGAUUUGUGCCGGGCCCAAGCAGGUUCAAGGGGAAAAACUUAUGGAAGCAGUUGAUAAUUACAGCAUCUGUAAAGAGACUCCUCCCCCGGCAACUGAAAGACAGACCCCGCCCACUCAAUAUCCACCUAGACCAAGGCUUUUCCCCCACCCAACAAUGCCUAAACUUGGAAAUGAUGAGUCUUCGGGAAUUCUUCCAAGCCCUUCACCAUCUGCUACCCUCACUUAUGCCCCACAACCAGACUUUGAACACGUGUCUUUCCACAAGAUUAUUGCUGGGAGUGUGGCGCUCUUUCUGUCAGUGGCUAUGAUCUUGCUUGUGAUUUAUGUGUCAUGGAAACGUUAUCCAAGCAGUAUGAAGCAGUUGCAACAGCACUCACUGGUCCGUAAACGCAGAAAAAAAGCACGGCAGACAGAACGCACCCUCAGCUCCCCAUUGCAGGAGUAUUAUGUGGACUACAAACCCACAAACUCUGAGACUAUGGAUGUAUUGGUCAAUGGGACAGGACCCUGCACCUACACCAUCUCAGGCUCCAGGGAAUGUGAGGACUACCCAGCCUGGUCUGACAUGCAUACUCCUCCCAGAGAAGCACUCGAUACUGAGAUUCCUCAUCAGGUCAGCUCACUGACAUUUUACAACUAUGAGCAGCCCAUUGUGGACUACUGCCAGGCUCAUCAACCUCUGCAUCUGAACAUGAGCUAUGAGAGUGGACCUCACAGACUGGAGACCCCCAGAAGACGUGAACGAGGGGUUGUGCAGAUCAUGACCCAUCCGAUGUCUCUCUCUGACACACGGUCUUGCCUGUAGUGAGAUAUGGAAACAACUAAAUAUCUUUCUUUGGGAAACUUGGCAUAGCCUAGCAGUGGAGUGCUGGUCAUAUGAAAUGAAAUAUUACAACUUCUUUUAAGGUGUUAUAGAGUGGCUUUAACCUGAGAUAAGUGCUGCUGGAAGACUUGCAAAGUUAAGAUGCAGUAUGUGUAAAAGCUGUUUUACCUUAGGAGCACGUUGUUGGAAUUAAACUGAUUUUCUCCUUACAACAUUCAGACUGUAAUGGCAAGCUGAUUAGAUUUCAUUUGUAUUCUGUAAUCACCUCUCUUUAAAUUUUCCAGUAUUAACAAAUGAAUACAGGUACUGAUCAUAGUGUGAUCUCAAGAGUGCACGGAGUGCAACCACAAUCUUUGUUUGACUUGGAUCAAGUUACCUAACCUGCCUGGGCUCAAAAUGUUCAAACAUGUCAAACUCUCUACUGUAAAUGCAUAAUGGUUUUGUUCACCAGGAAAGGUGCUGUACGAGAUAAAGAUUGAUCAAGUACAUUUAACUUCAAAAGUUUCUUGAAAGCCACACGUAAAACCUUAAACUUUAGAAGAAGUUGAACAGCAUCUACUAAGUUUUUUCGCAGAGAGACUCUGCAAUUGGGUCUCAUUUCCUCCAGCUGCAGGAGCCUUGACAAAACUCUUUUCACAUAUGUGUCUAAUUCACUUUUUUUUUGUUUUUCUCUUGUAUAUAAAUGGAAAGAGACUCUUUUUGGGAAUUUAUCUUUUCUUUUUCUUUUUUUUUCUCCUUCAAGCAAGAUGAGAACUUUUGCUCAAAUCAGAGCUGCUCUGUUCUCAAACUGAAACAACUGUCUACUGAUGAAUUUGGUAAAACUUCAGUGGGAAUUUGAUUUAAUUAACAUGCAUGGAAAUGUGUACAAAAAUAAUAUGUUUACUUCAAUAAUGGUAAUAGUAGAAAUAAUAGCUAGGGACCCCCAAGAAAUUAAUUUUAGGAAAGCACCUUUUAACUUUAUUUAUUGAUCAUUUGUGUACCUUUAAAUCCUCCUGUACUAGGCCAAGUCAGCCUGCUGGUCUUCUCAGAACCAAGUAAUUUAAAUCCCUUUUUCAAAAAGAAAUGCCUUUGAAGACAAAUUUCAGAUUUUUUUGGUUCAAGCUCAAAUGCAUAAUACAUGUUUUAAAACUAAACUAUAUUCACAGUGACAACUGUUUAUACUUAACAAUGGCUCGUUGGGUUCUUUUUUAUUUCAAAUAAAUCUGCUGCCUCAGUCUAAUUGCUGAUUAACCCAGUGGAGCUGUUGCACUCUGACUGGCUGUACUGGAUACUCUGUGUUUUCCAUAAUGCACUGGAGGUUUUAUUUUAUGUUACAGGAAACAUAAGAUCAUAUAUGUUAUUGUUACAAACCAAGAGGUGUUUAAAUAACUGUUUCUGAUGUUCAGUAUUUUUGUAGUAAUACUUUGUUUUGACUUUUGAACUUUCUGAAAUGUGUAUAGCAGAGUUCUACAAGUCUUCAGGUCCACUUGUCAUUAAAUCAACAAGAUGUAAAUAGAACCCAGUAUUCUGAAAAUACUUCUCUCUGGAUUAGAAUUCAAAACUUACUUUAAUAUAAACAACAAAUCGAUUUUUAAUGAGUGUGAGAAAAGAAAAUACUUGUAUUCCAACAGGAGGUGCUCAUUUAUAUUAAUAGGUAAAUGGUGACAAAGCAAUGAAGUAAAAAUGAUGGCUUAGCUUGUGCUGGCCAGAUCCAAAGAGUCUCCAAUUAGUGAAUGCAGACUGUCAUAAUUUAUUAAAAUACGGUGGUCAUUUUUAAUACUGUUGUGUAAAUUACUUGGUAAUGUAGGGGUGCAUUAGGUGAUUCGUGUAAAGUGGACUUUUCCAUUCCUCACACACUUGCAGAAAUAGUACUCCCAAGCUGGCAGCUAUACUGACUAGAAUGAAAAGUUUAAAAAAUGGAAAUGUGUGCCAGAGUAGGCACUAUAAAAUUGUUUUAUGAGAGUUCAGGAAGUGUAAGGGUGGAAGGAAUUAUGUUACUCAAUUAUUAUAAUGAAUAUAAAACAUAUACUGCGGUGGACUGGCACCCUGCCCGGGGUUUGUUUUCUGUCUUGCGCCCUGUGCUGACUGGGAUUGGCUCCAGCAGACCCCCGUGACCCUGUAGUUAGGAUACAGCGGGUUGGAUAAUGGAUGGAUGAAUGGAUGGAUGGAUAAAACAUAUAAAACUUAAAUCUGGAAGAGCUUCCCUUUUCUCCAUACAGUCUGCCCUAAUGAUAAAUAAAGUGACCAGGAGACAAAAGAAAAAAAUGCUUGAAAAGUAUGCACCAUAAGAGCAUGCUGGUGGACAGAUAUGUUUUCUUAAUUGAAUUCAAACCAUAUGGGUAUUCCUCUGUGGAACCAUGGCAGCACAGUCCAAUAACAUUUGAACCUCUGCAUUUUAGAUGUUUCAUUAUUUUACAGCCCAUAUGUUGAGAGCAAAUCUAAAGAGAAGAUUUAGUGACACCACUCAAGACUUGUAUUGUUCUGCUGCAGUGCUUCACAAUUAUAAAAUCUGUGUUUCCUUUCUUUUUGUUCAGUCUCUCUCAAUAUUAUGAUCUGCUUGUAUUAUAUACAUUGAACUUUUGUUUCAUUACUUCCACUGUUUCCCAAUGUUAUUUUAAGCUACAUUAUGAAAAGGUGUAAAAUUGCAUAAAUUAUUCUUUCAUUUUGACAAAU